UGUUCAGCUGCAGCGUUUGCUUCCAACUUAGGGCGACCCUCCACGAAUCAACCGUCCCGUGCAAAGGGGCAGGGGAUGCUAGCGGUCUCCUCGCGAGGAGGGGAGAGCCAUUCCCCCUCAGGAGGAGGAGGAGGAGUUCAGGGCGGCGCCGAGGCGAUGACGGCGGCCAGGCCGGAGGAAGACCCGGCUGGGAGAAGAGGCGCUGCUUGAGGAGGCCGCCCCGGUGCAAGCGGUGAAACGAGCAGGGCUCCAGUGGCACCAUAAAGAUAAUGGCGAAGAUGUUGAGAAGACAAUGUGCGUUUUGUCCGGGCGAUGAAGAGAGCUCCGUUCUGUAUGUCGCUGAAGGACAGAAUCUUGCAGUCCAUCAAGACUGCUUGUUAUAUUCCUCUGGGUUUGUGGAAUCCGAAGAACAUAAUCCCGAAAACCUUGAUAUAAGGUUCGACGUGGCCUCUGUAGUGAAUGAAUUAAAGAGAGGAAGGAGGCUGGUGAGUUAUCAAUCGGUAGUGCUUCAAUAUUCCUUGUUGAUGUUUCUAGAUGAAGACAAUAAGCGGGAAAGGUCGCCCAUUACGGUGAAGUCUUCGCCUGCUGUGAAUAAAAUGAGUGAAACGGAGAAAAUUGAAGAGGACAGCCUACACGCCUUAAGGAAAAAACAGGACCGGCAGAAAGUCAGAGUAGAGUUUUUGAGGAAAUGCAAGCGGGCGGGGCUUCUUGACGAAAUCUUCGAGGAGAUGCUGGACACUCUUCACCUGGCACAGGAAAAGCUGAUGGACGACAACACUUCAGAAGCAGAAUAUGAAGAGACAGUAAUAUCCCUUUUUGACUGUGGCCUGUUUGAGAACAUCCUUGUAAACGCCAAUUCUGGAACAGAGGAAAAAAUUCAGAAACUCCUGGAAAAACGGAAAAGACUGGAUACCCAGAUAGAGCUUCUAAAAGACCUCCAGGUAGUACUUCCUGCCCCAGAGGAAUCAUCUGACUGUACUUCUGAAUAGCCGACAAUUUUUUUUGGCAGUACAGCUCCUGAAUUUUGCCUCAACCUCAAAACACACAGGCAACUAUUUCCUGGCUGGCUUUUUAUAACUCUUUUGUGAUCACUGCCCUUUCCUGUGACUUCAGAGACAGGUUUUUAUAAUAAAACUCAAGAAACCCUUUUGUAUGCCAGCUGCUCUCUCCAGCAUUAUAGCUCCUCCUUCCUUCCGUCUGCACCCAAACUGACAGGCUGUCUUCUGGCUAGUUGUAGAAGAUGGUGUUGACCAAUCACCUUGGUACUUGAGGCUUCUUCACAAAUGGAGCCCCGACCUCUACUUCUAUAGUUUGCAACAGAGACUCUGCCUCAGUUCUUCUGCUGUAAAGCAUUACAGCUUUCCGGCACUGCCCCACACUGUCUGGUCUUCAGGACACAUUUUAACAGAGAGGAAUCAUGCUUGUGUGACUAUCCAAAGAAAACUGGUCAAGUCUUGCACUUUCUACAUGUGGUUUUAGAGAAUAAAAUUAUGUAAACAUCCAAGUGGUUGUAACUGUGAUCGAGGGCAAAGCAUUCAGUCAGUUAUGAGUCCUAACAACGCCGUGUCCUCAUCCUGUGAAAAUGUGCUAAAGAAACCCUAAGUUUACAAGUGUAAGCAUUGAUGUAUUAAAGAUAUCUAUACUCAGAAUUGUUUAAAUACUGAUGCAUUGUUUAAUAAAAAGAUCUUUUAUUAUAAAAGGA